UUUCCACUAGCCCAAGCCCAAGCCCUAAUUCGAUCGGAAAAUUCGUAACUCUUCCACGCUAAUGGCGGCGAUUAAAUCCUGUUCCGCCGGCCGCUUCAAAAGCCCCGCCAUUUCCCUCCGCCAAGCCAGCGCCGGCGGGCGCAUCAAAAUGCCCGCCUUUCCCAUCAUUAAUCCCAGACCAGGAAUCAAGCUAUCAGCAUCCUCCUCCGGCGCAAUCAAGUGUGUGGAAUCGGGGUCCCCGGCUGAUCCGAUAAAGGACUCCUCGAUAACCGUCGAGGGUCUCCGACAGUUGGAUGACGGGGGCGGCGGCGCCGACGAUGAUUCCGGAGAAAAUGGAGGGUUUCACGGCGGCGGAGGCGGUGGAGGUCGCGGUGGUGAUGACGGCGGCGAUGGCGCCGCCGCGGAGAAGGAGGUUUGGCCCAUAAUGUUAUUCGCGGAUGAGGAUGUGAUUAAAAUGGCGGAUGAGGUGCGGGGCCUCGAACUUCCAGCUUAUAUGCCGGAAGCUGCCGAGGCCGCCGGAAUCCGAGCCCAAUUUCUCCUUAAUCAGAAGAUGGCCGAUCCCGGUUUCCUCUUCAGUGUUGGAACAAAGGUAUUAAUUGGUUCGUGUAGUGCAGCAGUUGCCGAAGUUGUGAAAUGGGGGAAAGAUUUAUGGUCAAAGCUUGAGAUGUGGAAAGCUUUUGCUGCCAUUACAGUAAAUGUUUCUGUAAUUGGUAUGCUAGCUCGAAUUGGGAAGCCUUCUAUUCACACAGCUGGCUUAGUCCCUCUCAAUACACAGGAAGCUUGUGCUGUUCUUCCCAGCAGUGUUGUUGAGGCUGGAAGGCCGGGACAUAGAUCCUCUUUGAUGCAGCAACUGGCUACUUACUUCUAUAAGGGUUCGUUGUAUGGUUCAGUUGCAUUUGGGUGCGGAUUACUUGGUCAGGGCAUUGCAGAUACAAUCAUGAAUAUCAAGCGGAAGGUGAUGAAGUUAGAAGAGGACAUCGCUGUAAACAAGUCGGAAGAGGACAUCCCUACACCACUUCAAGUCGGAAGUGGCAUCCUUCGGGUGCUCUCAGGUGUGUUUCGCGGUGCAUCUGCCUGCACACCGUACCAAGUCAUCAAGGGGAUGGAACGAGUUGUCGAAGCUGCAUUGCCAUUGGUGAGGCAAGCCCCUCCUCUCCCCAACCCCUCCACCGUUGGAGUUCCAUUCACCUGCAACAUCGCCAACAACAUCAACGGCGGCGGGAUUGAUGGAACCCUGUGUUUACUUGUUAUAAUUUUUGCUAUAUUUUGCUUAGUAUUAGCAUUCAUAGCUGUAGGGGGUAUUAUCCUGCUGAUUAGUGGAAGGUCAGAUAUGUUAUUUAGGUUUUCUAGGUCAUUGUACCUCUUGCCACCCUAUUAACACUUUUAAUGGUAUUAUAUAGUAAGGGUAAUUAUCUAUUUUUUUAUCCAAAU